CUACCUUUCUACGCAUACGACGAACACAUCCGACAUGACCACUCCCGAGCGGCCGGAGAAACGCCGCCGGGUCACACCAUCUCGGGCCGCCACCGCAGCCACCAUCCCGGACGAGCUUUUGAUCUCCGAGGUCCUGUUACGCCUCCCCGUCAAAUCCCUCGCGCGCUUCAAGUCCGUCUGCCGCUCAUGGCGCGCGGCCGUUGAGGACGCCGCCUUCGUCCGCCGCCACCUCGAGCUGUCCCGCGCGAGGCCGCCGACCAUGCUCGUCAUCCCGCGCGAGGGCUACCACUACGAUGACGGCGCGGAAUCCGGGGUGAUCAGCUUCCACCGUCUCUUGCUGGGUGAGGCGCGGGCGCCUGGCACCGCUGACGUCGAGCUGGUGUUUGAGAAGGCGUGGCCGGAGGGCAUCACGCACAGCAUCGUCCCCACGCACUGCGACGGCCUCGUCGCGGUCGCCACGACGACGGGCGAGAUAUUCGUCUGCAACCCAGCCACCAGGGAGUUUGUCGCGCUGCCACCCGGGAGCACCGAGAUCAACAACAUCAGGGCGCCGGCGGCGGCUCUCGGCUACGACGCGUGGCGCAAAGUGUACGUGGUCUCCCGGUACUUCUACCGGAAGUACGACGAGUUCAUGGACGUGGAGACCGGCGCGCACUGGCUGGAGUACGACAUCGGGCACGAGAUCUUCACGCUCGGCGGCGACUCCUGGGAGCCCACGGCCGACCCGCCGCAUGCCAUCGGUCCCGCGAGACCGAUCUGCACCCGGGAGGCCUUCUACUGCUGCACCAGCAACCUCCGGCCGAACGCGCUGCUGCGGUUCAGCCUGCGCGACAGGGCGUUCGACGUGGUGCCGUCCCCUCCGGGCACGGACUUCGUCCACGCCGUUGAUCACCUGACGGAGCUGGACGGCAAGCUGUGCUACGUCCACACAGUCACGGAGACGGCCUUCGACGUCUGGCUGGCUGAAGACGGGCCAACCAGGCCGAAGUGGUCGCUGCGCUGCCGCAUCGACUUCGGCGACUUCGGCCCCAGCAUCGGCUCCGAGGCAUUGUUCCCGGUCGCCGCCGCCGGGAACGAGAUGCUGGUAGCCGCCGAUUACAAGAAGCUGUACAGCUACGAUGAGCGCUACAAAUUUCUACGGGAAGCGGCGGACAUGGAAGAGGAGCUGGCGUACGAGCGACCGAACGGCAGCACGUUUGCUGGCGAGCUGGUGCACCACGUUGUCCCGUACGUUGAGAGUCUGGUUUCGAUUAGUACGCGCAACUAG